UUUUCGUCUAAAAUUAAUUCUACUUCUAAGUUCAAAGAUGGCGGCUGCUGAACAUGAUAGUGAGAAGUUGAGAAGAAAAAUAUGUAAAAAGUCAAAUAGAUUGCGUGAAACUCUAUUAAAGAAAGAGAAUAUUUCUGCAGUUGAUUUUCCAACCUUGAUUUUAUGUGUUUGCAACGGAGGUCUUGGCAAUUGUGUCGCUUAUGAGGAAAUGCUAGAGCAGUUUGGUCAGUUUGGCAAAAAAUGUGAUAUUUUAAUGAUUCCCCAGAAGUCCUAUGCAUAUGUGUGUUAUAAAACAAUAGCUGAAAGUGAAGAAGCAUAUAAACAAAUGAAUGGGCAUAAAUUACAAUCUACUGAAAACAGACCCAAUGAAGUAGUCUUGUAUACAUUUUAUGUUAAUGAAGUAGGUAAGAGUGUGUCACCAUCUAGGGAAAGACCGCCAGGUUUGAUCCUGCUAGAGGAAUAUGUUACAGAGGAGUAUGCUGCUGAAAUUAUUAAGUCUGUUAACUGGCAGGACGAUCAUGUCAAAGGUCAGCAAGGUCAACUUAAGCAUCGUAGAGUGAAGCAUUAUGGGUAUGAGUUCAGAUACGAUAUAAACAAUGUUGACCCAGAUGAACCGUUACCUGAAGGUAUACCAGAUGUCUACAAGCCUUUAUUGGAUAAACUUAUUGAUAGUGGUGUGGUCAAACACUACCCUGACCAGCUGACCAUUAAUCAGUAUCAGCCAGGACAAGGCAUUCCUCCCCAUGUUGAUACAACAACAGCAUUUGAAGAUGGUCUUAUAUCACUAAGUCUAGGAUCCCAGGUAUUGAUGGAGUUCAGGCAUCCAGAUGGUAGACAUUUGUCCGUACUUUUGCCACCUAGAAGUGUCUUAAUAAUGACAGGGGAAUCAAGGUAUGUGUGGUCACAUGGUAUAACACCGAGGAAGUCCGAUAUUGUACCACUAGCUGACGGUGGUCUAACUCUUCUACAGAGAGAAUUGAGAACUUCAUUUACCUUCAGAAAACUUACUGGAGUUAAACCUUCACAAUUAAUCAGCAGUGAUAAGCCAGAUGUGCCGUGUAAUAAUUCUACUGCCUCAGAGCUGGAGAAAAAACAUGUUUAUCAGGUAUAUGAAGAAAUAGCAGAUCAUUUUAGUGGAACAAGACAUACGCCUUGGCCUAAUAUUGCCGAGUUUCUCAAGAAACAAUCUCCAGGUUCUCUACUUGUUGAUGUUGGUUGUGGUAAUGGGAAAUAUUUGGGAGUCAACAAAGACUUGUUUGAGAUAGGAUCAGACAGGAGCUACAACUUAGCUAGGAUAGUUCGGGAGAGGAAGUUUCAAGUUUACGUCGGUGAUAUUUUAUCUAUACCACUGAGGGCAGAAGUGGCCGAUGUGUGUAUAUGUAUAGCUGUAAUACAUCAUUUAUCCACGCAGGAAAGAAGAAAGCGAGCAAUAUGUGAAUUAUUAAAGGUUCUUAGACCAGGUGGGCAGGCAUUGAUUUAUGUGUGGGCAAUGGAGCAAGAAAUGAACAAAGUCAAGUCAAAAUAUUUAAAGGAUAACAAGUCUAGCAAUGCAAAAUUUGAUGUAGAAAACCAGUCUUGUGAAAAUUCAAAAGGUGAUAUUGUAAACCACUCUCAAGAAAAUUCAAAAUGUGAGUCAGAAAACCAGUCUUGUGAAAAUUCAAAGUGUGAGACAGAAAACCAGUCCUGUGAAAGUUCAAACUGUCAUACUGAGAAUCAGUCUCAUCAAAGUAAAGAAAAAAAUAUGAAUGAAAAUAUAGUUUCUGGUUGUAGUAACUUACAAAAUAAUAUAAAGACUGGUAAUAUAAAGACUGAUAAUACAGACCUAUCUUCUGAUCUUAAGAAAUUGGAAGUUCAUGUGAACAGGACACAGUUUAAACAGCAAGAUCUGUUAGUGCCAUGGCAACUUAAAGGCAAGGAGAAAAAGUCUGAGUCUAGUGCAACAUUCCAUAGGUUUUAUCAUGUUUUUCAAAAGGGUGAAUUGGAAUCCUUAUGUGAAAGUGUGAAGAAUUGUUCAAUUAUUAAAAGUUACUAUGACCAGGGUAAUUGGGCGGUGAUAUUAGAAAAGAUAUAGCUGAUUAAUUAUAUCAAAAUUAAUAUAAAUAAAAUAUA